AAACACGCGAUGAAAAAAAAUGAUACUAGGUACAUAAUUGUAUCACGCAAAGAAGACUCUCAAUUGUUUCUUUGUUUAAUGCGACACAUCAUUAACACAAUAACACUGUUCGGUUGAGUAUUUCCCCGAGGAAACAAUUAUGGAUCAAGGCUGUGAAGAAGCUAACUUCCGAGCGGCUGGGGAGGGAAGGAUUGGCGGCAUGGGAAGACCGGAAGUCCAACAACGAUCCGGAAGUUCCAGACAUCAACGAAACAAGCGACCCAAUCGAAGAUGCGGAUAUUCCUACCGACCCGGACGUAGUUCUUGCUGAGGAGCCAGUCGAUACUGAAUCUCAAGCGCAACGAGAUGUUUUCAAGAAAGGCGUGCUUUACAAAGGGAUAUUUUGUCCAUCGCUGUCAAAUAGUUUCCAUAGCAAACAACUAGAGACAUCAUAUCUGCAUUACUCAAAUCGUCAACGGCAGAAAUCAUUGAUCAUGUUAAAUAUCGUUGAUCUUAGUCUAAAGAUCAUUCUUAUGGCGAUAUGGUUAUGGAAAAGGGACAAAAAUAGUAGUGGUUUAGUCGAGUCUUUAUCCUGGGCAUCCUGCUGUAUGGCGGCAAACUUGAUUGUUUGCAUUCUUGGCUGGUGGCGGUGUUUCUCCAAUAAUUAUUUAUAUUGGGCUUCCAUAUUCACUUGGUUACUGAUCAAUUCACAAGGUUUUAUAGGAGCUGGUUUAGAUUUCUCUAGUCAACAACGUCUUAUGUGGUAUAUUUUGUUUGUCGUAUACGCGCCAUACGCCAUGUUGCCAUUACCUUUGAGAUGGUGUGUCCUUGCCGGUUAUGGGACAGCUUUAACUCACAUGGUAAUGGCGGGAAUAACUUUAUUACGGGAUCCAACAUAUCUGCAUGAUAUUACGUGCAUAGUUCGUAUGCUAACAACCAACGUCCUUCUUUAUCUUGCAAUGAAUUUAGCUGGCAUGUACACUAAAUAUUUGACAGACAGAGGACAAAGACAGGCUUUUCUUGAAACACACAGAUCUAUGGAAACCCGACAACGGACUCAAAAUGAGAACAAUCGACAAGAAAAGUUACUUCUUUCUGUUUUGCCAGAUUUCGUGGCUAAAGAAAUGAUCCGUGAUAUUGCUCGUGAAACUGCUCGAGGUGGAACGAUCUCUUUCACACCUAAUCAAUUUCAUAGAAUAUAUAUCCAUCGCUACGAAAAUGUUAGCAUACUUUUUGCUGAUAUCAAAGGUUUCACUGCUUUGGCCAGCCAGUGUAGCGCUCAAGAACUUGUCAAAGUAUUAAAUGAUUUAUUCGCUCGUUUCGACAAGCUUUCCGCAGAAAAUCAUUGUUUACGUAUUAAGUUGCUUGGAGAUUGUUAUUAUUGUAUAUGUGGAUUACCAAUUGCCAGAAGUGAUCAUGCUCAUUGUUGUGUGGAAAUGGGUUUGCAUAUGAUUAAAGCAAUAAGAGAUGUGCGGUAUACAACAAAGGUUGAUUUAAAUAUGAGAAUAGGGAUUCAUAGUGGCUCAGUAUUAUGUGGUGUACUUGGUCUUCGAAAAUGGCAAUUUGAUGUUUGGUCUUAUGAUGUAACACUGGCUAAUCAUCUUGAAAGUGGAGGAAUACCCGGAAGAGUACAUAUAUCAGAGGAUACUUUGAAUUGUUUGAAUGACGUAUAUGAAGUGGAGCCGGGAAAUGGAACCGAAAGAGACAAUUAUUUAAAAGAAAGGAAUGUAGUUACGUAUUUAAUUAAACAGGUGGAACCUUUAAGAUCAAGACGACGAUAUUCUUCACGACCAAAAAUAUGGUCUGAAGAUGAUGUGAAUAAAGGUAAAAAGAGCUUCAAAUUGAACAAUCCAUUAGCUACGAAUAGUAGUGCUCCAAAUUCUUCUACUGAAGAUGAUAUUGGCGUAGAUUGGACACCAGAAAUACCAUUUGAAAACUUAAAUACUGCGACAUCGGUUAGCAAUUUAGAAUCGGAAUACCUCGAGGAAGAAAAUGGUUCUGCGAAGAGUAAUAAAGCUGUGUCUGCUGCAUCCGUUGAAAAAUUGAAGACUGCAGGUCUUGAAACCGCGAGUAAUAAACGCAUGAGAUCGGCGAAUAUAAAUGCUUGGACUUUACGUUACAAUGACGAAAGUUUAGAAUCAAAAUUUGGUCAAUUGCGCGAGGAUAUGUUUAAAUCCAAUAUGAUUUGUUGUUUUGUCGUGUGGCUGUUUAUUGCAAUUUGUCAAGCAGUAAUAUUGCCAGAUUGCAUUAUUCUUUUGGCUUCGUUACUGUUGACGACGCUCAUUUUAGUAGCAUCGUCCAUUCUAGUGAUGGCGGAAGAAUUCAAAACUUUGCCUACAUAUUUACAACACGCUUCUUCGAUGUUAGUUCACAACAAGCAGCACCGAACAAUCUUCAUAUGCAGCGUGAUUAGUUUGAUGGCUUUGACAUCGAUCGUCAGUGUUUUAGUAUGUCCAAUGUCGAUUCGACAAUAUCCCGAAGCUCUGGAACUCCAACAGCAACCAUUAAUGAAUCCAACGUUACAACCAGAACGAUUGGUAGCGCCGACUGUUGGUCUUGAUCAAUUUAUCUUGACAUUUCUGGAAGCUGCUCUUCGCGAUGAAUCUUCAGAAGAACAAAAGGACAUUUCUUCUAAAGAAAAUCAAACUGUAUCCCAUGAUUCUAAUGAUGAAGAAUUACAAACGAAUCUUAUCAAAGCCAGGGCUAGUCUGGCGAAAGGUCAAAGAAGAAAAGAGUUCUUCAGGGAUGAAGACAUCAUCUCGGGAAGAAUCCCGUCGACAUCGGAAACAAAACCUCAAGUGGAACCUUUGUAUUCGCUGGACUAUGACGAGGACAUCGUUUUGGGGACUUGCGUUAGACCGGAAUACAUUGUAUUCACAUGGAUCUUAUGUUUGAUUGCAUUAGCUUCUGCAUUAAAAUUAUAUUAUUUAGUAAAGACGGCAUUGGCUACGAUCAUCGUGUCCGUUUACGCCGUAUUGAUUCUCGUAGUUUGCAAGGAUUUCUUUACGAUUCCUAAUGAAGAGGAUUCGAUGUCAAUACCUCUUUCGGCACAAAUGCUUACGUUUCUAUUAGUAUUCUUGGUGAUGGUUACAUACCAUGGUAGAUUAGUAGAAGUAACAUCUAGAUUAGAUUUCCUUUGGAAACAGCAAGCUGAAAGAGAGUUAAGUGACAUGAUUGAAUCACGGCACAAUAAUAUGCAACUAUUGAAAAAUAUAUUACCAGAUCACGUAGCUCAUCAUUUUUUAACCCAAGACAGAGCACCUGAGGAGUUAUAUUCUCAAUCACGUGAUAAAGUUGGAGUGAUGUUCGCUAGUGUGCCAAAUUUUACAGAAUUUUAUUCAGAAGAUGUUAAUAAAGGAAUGGAGUGUAUACGCUUAUUGAAUGAAAUUAUUGCUGAUUUUGACGAACUCCUGGACGAAAAUCGGUUUCAUUGCAUUGAAAAGAUAAAAACAGUCGGAGCUACUUAUAUGGCAGCAUCUGGUCUCAAUCCUUGUCAAAAUGAUAAAAAUAAAGAUGAUAUGGAGCAUUUAUGUAGAUUAGUAGAUUAUGCAGUAGCCAUGCGACUCCGUCUUGAAGACGUAAACAUACACUCGUUCAAUAAUUUUGAUUUAAGAGUAGGUAUAAGCUGUGGUCCAUUAGUAGGCGGUGUAAUCGGUGCUCGGAAACCUGUAUUCGAUAUUUGGGGUAACACGGUAAACUUGGCUUCCCGUAUGGAUUCUACAGGUGUUAUGGGAAAAAUACAAGUUCCACAGGAUAUUGCUAGAUUUUUGGAAUCGAGAGGAUAUCAGACACAGAAGAGAGGACUUAUCGAAGUUAAAGGAAAAGGAACAAUGGAAACAUAUUUCGUAUUGGGCAAAGGGACUUUGCAACAAGAAAGUUCGACUAAGCACACUGCAAGGUGCCGAAGUCUUGCAGCAGUUGUUUAUGGUGUCGUUCAAGCACGUCGUAAGCAAAUGCGGGCACUUAGAAGGACAUAAGUAUCAUAUUUAUGUCAAAAAUUUUUUUUUGAUUCGUUGGUGCCUAGUUAUAUAUGUACAAAUGAUUCACCUUUAAAUUAGCAGUUAAUAUAUAAGGUAAGAUAAAAUGAACGAUUUCUUUAUUUUUAAAGAUAAAAAAUUUUUUAAAAAUUAUUCAUUGGAGAAAAGAUUUAAAUGAAUUCAUAUUUAUAUUUUCUCGUUAUUUUGAUAUUAUUAAUAACUAUUGUUAUUAUUUUAUUACUAUUACAUUAUUAUUCUACUGCUCAGGAAAAUUAUUUUAAAUUGUAAUGUCAAAUCAUUUAUUUAAAUCUACUUUUAAUAAUUUUUUUUCGUGUUAUAAAAACUUGUUUAUUGAUAAACAAAAAAGAUUGUGCAUUUUGAAUAUUUCUCAGAAAAGUUUAUUCGAAAAAACAUAAUGUGAUAUUUCAUUCGAAU